UUCUCCUCCAGUCCCCUCCCCUGCAGGACCAUCGCCCGCAGCCUCUGCACCUGUUUUCUUGUCUUUAAGGGUGGGGUUUGCCCCCCUCCCCACGCUCCCAUCUCUGAUCCUCCCACCUUCAACCGCCCACCCCGCGAGUGAGUGCGGUGCCCAGGCUCGCUUGGCCUGAGAGGUCGGCAGCAGACCCGGCAGUGCCAACCGCCCAGCCGAUCUGACUGCUCGGGCUGCCUGCCCGCGCGGCGCGGGCUGUCCUGGACCCUAGGAGCGGACGGAACCGGACUUGCCUCUGGGGACCUUCCAGGGCCCUCUCCAGGUCGGCUGGCUAAUCAUCGGACAGAGGGACUGCACACAUCUUGUUUCCGCGUCUCCGCAAAAACGCGAGGUCCAGGUUGUAGACUCUCGUGCUGGUUGCAGGCCAAGUGGAACUGUACUGAAAAUGGGUCCAAUAGGUGCAGAGGCUGAUGAAAACCAGACAGUGGAAGAAAUGAAGGUGGAACAAUACGGGCCACGAACAACUCCUAGAGGUGAACUGGUCCCUGACCCUGAGCCAGAGCUUAUAGAUAGUACCAAGCUGAUUGAGGUGCAAGUUGUCCUCAUAUUGGCCUACUGCUCCAUCAUCUUGCUUGGGGUAAUUGGCAACUCCUUGGUGAUCCACGUGGUGAUCAAAUUCAAGAGCAUGCGCACAGUAACCAACUUUUUCAUUGCCAAUCUGGCUGUGGCAGAUCUUUUGGUGAACACUCUGUGUCUACCAUUCACUCUUACCUAUACCUUAAUGGGGGAGUGGAAAAUGGGUCCUGUCCUGUGCCACCUGGUGCCCUAUGCCCAGGGCCUGGCAGUACAAGUAUCCACAAUCACCUUGACAGUAAUUGCCCUGGACCGGCACAGGUGCAUCGUCUACCACCUAGAGAGCAAAAUCUCCAAGCGAAUCAGCUUCCUGAUUAUUGGCUUGGCCUGGGGCAUCAGUGCCCUGCUGGCAAGUCCCCUGGCCAUCUUCCGGGAGUAUUCGCUGAUUGAGAUCAUUCCAGACUUUGAGAUUGUGGCCUGUACUGAAAAGUGGCCUGGCGAGGAGAAGAGCAUCUAUGGCACUGUCUACAGUCUUUCUUCCUUGUUGAUCUUGUAUGUUUUGCCUCUGGGCAUCAUAUCAUUUUCCUACACUCGCAUUUGGAGUAAAUUGAAGAACCAUGUCAGUCCUGGAGCUGCAAAUGACCACUACCAUCAGCGAAGGCAGAAAACCACCAAAAUGCUGGUGUGUGUGGUGGUGGUGUUUGCGGUCAGCUGGCUGCCUCUCCAUGCCUUCCAGCUUGCCGUUGACAUUGACAGCCAGGUCCUGGACCUGAAGGAGUACAAACUCAUCUUCACAGUGUUCCACAUCAUUGCCAUGUGCUCCACUUUUGCCAAUCCCCUUCUCUAUGGCUGGAUGAACAGCAACUAUAGAAAGGCUUUCCUCUCGGCCUUCCGCUGUGAGCAGCGGUUGGAUGCCAUUCACUCUGAGGUGUCCGUGACAUUCAAGGCUAAAAAGAACCUGGAGGUCAGAAAGAACAGUGGCCCCAAUGACUCUUUCACAGAGGCUACCAAUGUCUAAGGAAGCUCUGGUGUGAAAAUGUAUGGAU